CCCUUCGUGCACUCCGAGAGUUGGGAGGUCACGCAGGAGGGCGCCGGGAACUCCUUUCCAAAGCUCGGACCCUGCGGACAACCGCUGCCGCCUCACGUCCACAGCCGAGAGAGCCGGGACGCCACCUCUUCCACCUGUCCCCACCGGGACGCCCUCCAGGCAUUGGCGAGGCGGGCUGUCAAUCAGCGCUGGGCGGCAGCCCCCCGCGCGGGGGCUCGGAGAUGCCAGGCUCGGCGACAGGCAGCGGCGGCGGCGGCGGCCACGGCGCAGACACACGCCUUCCCGCCGGCGCGCGCCGGGGUAGAGCAGGCGGCCGGGCGGCCGAGCCACCUCCGGAGCCGCGCGCGGGGCGGGCAGGGCCUCAGACUCGGCAUGGAGCCCGAGAUGCAGGCGGCGGAGGAGGGGCCCAGCGCGCCCCGCAUCUACAAGCAGCGCGGCCCCUACAGCGUCCUCAAGACGUUCCCCAGCCGGCGGCCGGCGCUGGCCAAGCGCUACGACAGACCCUCUCUGCUCGAGCUGUCGCCCGCGCGGCCGUCCCCGCUGCCGCCGCCGCCGCCGCCGCCGCCCUUCGCCUCGCUCGCCGCCGUGCCCAUCAGCAGCAGCGAGCCGCCGCCGUUCCCGACGCAGCCGUCCUACCCGGCCGGGUCAGGCCGGGCCCCCGCCGCCGCCGCCGCCUCGUCGUCGUCGCCGUCCUGCACACCCGCCGCGCCCCCGGGCCAUCCCAGGACUCCGGCGCCACCGCCGCCGCCGCCUCCGCCGCUCGCGGCCCCCGCCGCCUCGUCGUCGUCGUCCUUCGCCGCCGUCGUCAGGUACGGCCCUGGCCCGGCGACCGGCGCUUGCAGCAGCGGCGCGGGUAGCGACGGCGCCAGCCUGGAGCUCAGUGCAGAGAGCCGGAUGAUCCUGGAUGCCUUUGCCCAACAGUGCAGUCGUGUUCUUAGUCUCUUAAACUGUGGAGGAAAACUUCUGGACUCCAACCACUCUCAAUCCAUGAUUUCUUGCGUCAAGCAGGAAGGCUCUAGUUAUAAUGAAAGACAGGACCAGUGUCACAUUGUGAAAGGGGUCCAGAGUCAGACCUCUGACAACAUAGACAUAGAAAUGCAAUAUAUGCAAAGAAAGCAACAAACUUCUGCCUUUUUGAGAGUGUUCACUGACUCUCUCCAAAAUUAUCUGCUCUCGGGGAGCUUCCCGACUCCAAACACCUCAUCAGCCAGUGAGUAUGGCCACCUGGCUGAUGUGGACCCUCUCUCAGCCUCCCCGGUGCACACCUUAGGUGGCUGGACCUCUCCGGCAACAUCUGAGUCUCACGGUCACCCAUCCUCCUCUACGCUGCCGGAGGAGGAAGAGGAAGAGGAAGAAGAAGGCUACUGCCCUCGAUGCCAGGAGCUGGAGCAGGAGGUUAUCUCGUUGCAACAAGAAAAUGAAGAGCUCAGAAGAAAAUUAGAGAGCAUCCCAGUGCCCUGCCAGACCGUCCUCGAUUACCUGAAGACAGUGCUGCUGCACCACAACCAGCUCCUGCCGCAGCCCGCCGAGCAGCCCACCGAGGGAAGCAAGCAGCUGUUGAACAACUACCCUGUGUACAUAACGAGCAAACAGUGGGACGAGGCCGUGAACUCCUCCAAGAAGGACGGGCGGCGGCUCCUGCGCUACCUCAUCAGAUUUGUCUUCACCACAGAUGAGCUUAAGUACUCAUGCGGCCUUGGGAAAAGGAAAAGGUCAGUGCAGUCAGGAGAGACAGGUCCCGAAAGACGCCCUCUGGAUCCAGUUAAAGUCACGUGCCUCCGAGAAUUCAUUAGGAUGCACUGUACCUCAAACCCUGAUUGGUGGAUGCCCUCGGAGGAGCAGAUAAACAAAGUGUUCAGCGAUGCUGUAGGUCAUGCCCGACAGGGGCGGGCCGUGGGGACUUUCCUGCACAACGGUGGCUCGUUUUAUGAAGGGAUGGAUCACCAGGCUUCCCAGGAUGAGGUCUUCAGCAAGACACAGGACGGAUCUGGGGACUAGUGGACACAAUCGUCCCAGUGCUGUGUGGUUUCUUGUGUAAGAGCUCCAGUUGUGAAUGUCCAUUCCCAUGUCACUUAGAGUCCAAAGCAUGUAAUUCCGUCACACUUUACACAUUCUCGGACUUAAAACUCUUGACCCACUGCCACAGUUCCCAAACAGGAAUCCACUUUAGGAUUUUCGGGGGGGAAAUCUCUAGCACCUGCAGUAGAUUUGGGGUGUGUUAUAUCACAGAGGAAAAUGUACAUUUGGCAUGAAGUCAUUUCUAGCUAGGCAUUGAGGGUGUCUCCAGUCCCAGAUCUUCAGGGAAGCCUGGCCCCCUGAGCAGAGCUGGUCUCCAGGGAAGGCUCAGUUAGUGUUCCUGCACAUGGGCGAAGGGAAGACGAGCAACUGUAACAAGUAAGCUGUCUUCGAUUUCCUAAGACUUCAUUUCAGAGUUCCCAGCAAAGACACAAGCUAGGUGACACUGUAAGCCUCCAUCCGUUUUAAACGCUGACGGGAAGAAUCCAGAACAGAGGCCAUGUCUAUAGAGAGCGCGUAGGUGUGGACGUCGGCUACUUUUUCUGUUACCUUACAGACAGAACUCACUGUGUCCAUCAGAAGGGCAACCUCCUCGCUGUGGUUGACAAGCAGGAGAUUCUCUUUAUAUCUUUAGGAAACAUCCAAAGAUUGAAAACCAUUUUCCAAUGCCUCGUUUCAUAAGUUCCUAACGCACAGCUUCCGUAGCCUUAAGUCAUACUUCGUUGACACAGUGCCGGGGUGGUGGGUUCAGCGAGAACUCCCACAAGCUGGCUGUUGAGUAAGAUCAAACGCAGGGCAUGAACGACGGCAUCUGCUGUUGAUCAGGGGUCUGGUAUUGUAGACGUGGAGCGUCAAGGCCGUUCUGACAACUAUGCAAUGGCUGGUGGGUGAUUUCUCUGAAAUUUGAGGCCUUUGCUGGGCUGAGUGAAGGUUUAGCAUAUAUAAAACUUCUGUUUCCCAUUGUCAUGGAUGAAAACGCCCCAUCCAGCUGUGCACAUCCUCCUCGGUCUAAGCUCUGAGUUACCCUUCUGCUUCCCUGCUUAAUUUGUGGAAUCCGUAUGUGAGGUUAGUGAUGCCCUGGGAACCACUUCCUAGUAAAGGCUACAGAGGUGCUAUAAUUGUUACUGAUGGAGAUUACGCUUUGGACCUGCGGAGAACACUGGCUUUAUUAAACAAAUCAAGAUUACUAUGUUCUUUGUGGAACCAAAAGCUAAAUGGGCAGCGUUUGUGAAAAUUAUGAGUGUCAUCUACAAACACAGCAAAGAGCUUUGAAAAUGGGGUAGAAAUUCAGACUGUGAGUAUCCGUUUAGAAAGGACUUUUGGGGAGGCCAGUUUUGUCAGAAUAAUCACGCAUCCUUUAGAUUCAAUAUUUAGCAAAUAUUGAACAAAUCAGCUGAACAGUUUAGAAGUAAAAGAAAUUAAAUGGGUAAAUGAGCUGUCAUUUACAGUGGACCCAAGACCAGUGUCUUUGGCUGUCCAAGAGAAAGGGUUGUUUGUUUGUUUGUUUGUUUUUUCCUAACUAUAAAAACUGUCUCCGGAUAACAUCCAGGAUAGCAUUAAUGUUGAUAGCUUCUUGCUGGUCUGGGGCACUCACUAUCAUCUUGUUAAAAUCCUCAUCUGUAGCACCGAAGACUUCUCAUACUGCUGUUUAUCUGCUCUGCUGAGUCCCGUUCCUCUCUUUGGUGGUUUAUUUAGUCAGUAAGCUUGGACAAGCUUCCCUUGGUUGUCUUGUAGUCUUUAAAUGAUCCAUCGAGUUUUCUCUUCCACGAGUUUGCAACUUUUACAUUAAGUUUGGGAAGUUAGCAGGAGCUAGCCUCAGGGCCUUAGAGCCUUAGCAUAAGGAAUCAGACAGUCCCCAUGGAGAGGCCUGAGUUCCUCCUCCACCUCUUUAAAGGCUCUGAUCUCAACACCAACUCUGGGUAGCAUCAUGCCCUGGGACAAGCCUUUGUCAAUGCAGCUUCUAAUUGUCAUCUCUGCAUAGGCGGACAUUAGCUUUAGUUGACUAAGAGCCUGUAUCACCUUCACUAUCAAAUGUAGCUUUAAGGAAGGGGGUAUCUAAAUCAUUUGUGGGUACACCUACACCAAGGGUUCUUGCCACUUGCUUCAGAUGUGCAGAGGGCACCCGCUGCUUCCUGUACUGUAUUGCAAGGUCUGGAUGAUAAUAAUAAGAAGUGCAGUGGACUACUGAUGAGCUGUUGUCAAUUACAUCUGGAGCAUUCGUUCAAUAUGAUGUUGAAAGGGGUGUUUCUUGUGUGUGAUCCAAGGUCUGGGAAGUCUGGCCUAGGAAAUCUCCAGUGUCGGGAACCUAGCUGUUGUGCAUAUGUGGAAACUAAGGACUACAAUGCUGACCUCCGCCGUAGCAGUUCUCACAUGUAAUUACAUGAGGGCCUAGAAUUAGCCUAGUCAAGUGUCCCUUUUUUCUGCCUGCUUAUGUGAUUGCUGUUUUCUUCAGCUUAGUUUACCACCUGAUACCAGCAGUCAAACACUUAGGAUUGUUUCAGCCUUCUGCUGGCUCUUUCCCUGUGUGGGCAUCCAUUUAAGGCUGGGGUGCUACUCAAGUCAUAGUGGUUUCCUGUGUGGUCCCCUGACUAUUAAGUCAGCCUGCAAAAGGUGCCGCUUCUGGCAGAACUCCCUGUUAAAGCUGACUACCCUGAUUUCCCCACAUGCCUUGAGUUUGUUGUCUAGAGGUCUGAAGAUGUUGUCAAAUUGACUUGGUUUGCUUUUCCACGUCAUUCUGGCAGUCAGACACAUUGUUUUCGUGAUGCAAAACCUAGUCCUCUGUCAACUUUUAGAAUUACCCUGAGCCGUUCAGCGUUGGUUGGAAGUAGACUUGAGUUAAAAAUAUCUCAGGAUGCAGCUGUGCCCUGUCAUUGGUGAGGAAAAUGUGGUUGCCGGGCUGGUGUAACUGAAUGUGGCGUUUUCGUCAGUGAUUGGGUAGGUCCGGAGUCCCAGUGUCCAAGGCUCGAUAGUUCACAGUGGUGCUUUCCUGGUGUAUCCUUCAUUUUCGAAAUUAAAAUGCCUGCUUCUCACAAGUGUUUAACCUCAGGCACAGAUCUUGCCAAGAGAAUGAUGGCCCUGGAAUGAGCUGUCAGGGGACUGAGACCAGGGACCUGUGGAGGGGAGCAGAGUUUUACAUUUGAUAAGGCCCCAUUUCUCAUCAGCCCAUUUGUGGGUGUUGAGCCUCUCGUGGUAUCAAGAAAAGUGUAGCUGUUUCUACAAGUCCUUAGCCCUGUUCCUCGUCGGUCACAGCAUUUAGGGGACUGUCACCAUGUGUUUCCUAAGGCUUCCCUAUGGUAGAGAGUGGAGGAGUAAAAGCAUGCUGAUCUCUUGGUCAGGUGGUGAGGGAAGCGCGUGCCUCUGCCAGUCGCUAGUGGGCUGUUCCUGUAGACUGCCCCUUACCCUUCAGUGAUCUGCACCGAGGCCAUGCCUUCGUCAGGAUGACAAGGAGACAGGUUACUGCAGUCUUACUUGGUGCAGCUGGAUGCAUGGCAUCAGGUGGUCGGCACUGGCACAAUUGGAUUGUGGUUUUCUCUCAGUCCAGUAAUGAUUCUUGAAUGAUUUGCUGUCAACACAAAAUCUAAACAAUAACUCCUAAACUUAGGAAUCUGCAGGUGUGUGGUUUCUGCGUAUCCCUGCCAUUUAAUGACUUGUGCCUCUUCUGCAACUGAGAAAGUGGACAAAACUCCUGGGAAGGUGUGAAUUAUGUCCAGAACGCAAACAUGACCCUCAUUUGAGUUCUGUGUUUUGCGGUACAGGGAGUCAACCAUGUAUGUGCUCUAGACUAGCCCUGAUACCCACUGGCUACCUCCUUAGUUUCUCUAUAGAUCAGUUGACUUUUUUUUUUUUUUUUUUUUUUUUUGUAGUUUGAAGGUCAUUUUUGGUGACUUAGAAUUUGAAGUGUAUAAUUUCCUCAGUGCGGUAUCAUCUCGCAGUACAGGUCUGUGUUAGUCUGUGACAGCUUUCACAUGUGGGUUUGUAGAAAUGUAAUGGAAAGUGGGUUUGCACAUACCGUGUGAGUCUUCCUGCUGUGUGCUUAAUGUGGCAACACUUGCCAAAGCUGCUUGGCAAACACGUCAAAAGGGAUGCUUGAGUCACAGCUCUAAUGCAAAUGUGUCGCAACAGCAGUGUGUGUCAUUAUGAUGUAUUUCUGUAAACACAGUGAUGGCUCCUUUCAGUCAUAUAAGUACUGGAUAAAAAUAACCACUUGAAACAUUGGAGGGAAAUGUCACUUAACUGAUGGCAAAGCUACUCGCAUUAUCAGCCAGGGGCUUCUGUGUGUGUUUGUGUUUGUGUGUGUGUGUGUGUGUGUGUGUGUGUGUGUGUGUGUGUGUGCGCGCGCGCGUGCACACAAAAUGGAGAAGGAAGAACUAACAUUGGCAAUGUGGAGGGCAAAAGGAAUACGCCAUCGAAUUAGAGGCCACUUGCAUUCCCCACACUAUAUUGGAUUUUAGGAAAUACUGGGAGAACUGGAAUUCCCACACUAAAUUACUGGCCUUGUCAGUUUGACUACUGAAGGCACUAGAUUACCAAAAAUUUUUGAUUCUAAGCUUCAUAGCUGACUGCAAGGGCUGUGUUCUUCUUGUUGAAUCACCAUUCCCCAAAUUGCAACAAAAGUACAUCUGCUAGCGAUACCCAUUCAAAAACCUGGGUCGCUCUGUACAGUGGCACCAGGACAAGUGGCCAGAGGUGCCUCAGCGUGUUGUAGGAUGACUUGGUCCCAUUGGAAAUCACUCGCACCGCAAUAGUAACUACAGCUACCUAAGUGUGACUCUUGACUCGUGUGUGCCGGUUGCUUUGGUAAGCACUUUAAUGCAUCCCCCACUCUCCUCGUACCUUCUCAGCUGCCCUAAGCUCUUCCUGCCGGGCUACUCACCUGAGCUUCCUUUGAGCUCCGUAAGCAGAAUGGCCGCUUCUGUUUGCCCCAGUCAAGCGUAGUUCUCAAAAUCUACCAACACUUUGGGAGGGAACAUUUUUUUUGAUUUUCUGAUGCUAUGAAGGGAAAGUUGGUAUUUGUAUCAUUAAAUCUGAUUUGGAAAUACACAGGUGCUUAAGUAACAAGCAUGUACAGCCCAGGCCUCCAGAGCUGUCAAAGGGCUGGCACGAAGCUUGGCCUGACUGACACCUUGUGAGGGAGACCAGAAACUCUUAAAGUGGACAUAUCAGAAGUCUAGUUCCCUCCGCUUUUCUAGAUUCCCUGUGCAAAGAUGCAGGGACAUAAAGGACAACUUUGGAUCUCGUGAUUAGAUCGUCUUACGUGACACCUGGUGACAGCCUUGGCGAUUGGUCAGGGUUCCCAUCUCUGUGUGGCUGGUUUCGCAGCCCCUGGUGACACUUCCAAUUUGGUAGGAUGGAGAGGUUUUAGUAGACGAUGUCACUGUGAGAACUAUAGAGAUUGUGUAAAGACUACAGUGACCUGUUGGGUUUGCCCCUGUAGUUCAAGACUUAACAUCCUUUGAAAGCAUGCCAAGGCCAGGUGAGCCUGGCCUGUGCCUCUUGGGAGCAAGGCCUGCUGGAGGCAGGCGGGGAACUCAGUCACUGUCCAGCCUACCCCUGCCCAGGCUAAGCCUUGCUUUCAUGUUGCUCCUCUGCAGAACGGCAUGUAGCAGCUAACACGGGGGCCAGUUGCCUUUACUCUAUUUUCUAUGAUGAAUACUUGUGGAGAAACUGUGACAAAUCCAUUGAUCCUAAUAUUUUUUAUUGUUGGAGUCUUGUGGCUUCUCGAAAUAAUUUCUAUUUGAUUGUACUGUGUAGAAUUCAUACACACUAGGGAUAUGUUAAUAAAGCUAAAAUGCAUAGUAUAAUAUAGAAUAGCAAAAAAAUUUUUGUGAACAAUUUAUAUAGAAGAGUAAGUUGUUUUUUAAGUGUUAGGCCAUUUCUUUUAGGAACUUAAAAUGUUAUAAGAGUUUUUUAAACAUUCAAUAUUUUUAAUUAUAAGAGACAUUUGUUACUAGAGCUAAUUAUUUCGGGUGUUCUAAUUGGAAUAUUGAUUUUUCUUACCUCAUAUACCUCUAGAAGGCCACAUGUUCUGUUGGGGGUAAAAUUGCACAAUAAAUGUCAAGUUACCUGUUAA